UUUUGGGGCAGAGCGCGGAGCUGCGGGGGGGGGGGGGGGGGCUGCUCCUUUGUGAUUGGCUGAGCAGCGCUACGUGUACAUCAGUCAGCGACAGGUAGGCCACAUGUGACGGUUAUCUGAGCGCGAGCGUGUGUGUGUCCGCUGCACGGCGACGCUCUGCUGCUCUGUCCCUCAGCGCUCUGCAGGAUGGAGCUGUGAGUGAGCGGCUGCAUGGUGGAGAUCCGUCUGUAAACACUAAGGAGGAGGAAAGUUAGUUCCACUUCUAAGGCCUGUUGAAGCUGUGAGAUCUACGCCGCCAGAAAGAGAGCGAGGUGAAGGAGGCAGCAGGAUGAAGUCCAAAGGGAAGGCUAUGAAAGCAUCCAGGAGGACCUGGUCUGACCCCGAGCCAGAGCUCACCGAACCAGAGCCAGGCUCCAGCGAGCAGGAGGGCUCGGAGGCCUCGGUCCGGAUCGGCGGCUCCUGGAGGGGGUCGCUGAGGGGUGGGGACGGCAAGCGUAAAGGAGGAGUGGGCGGAGGUCGGCGGCGCAGGCAGCACGGCUCCAGCAACAAGGAGCGCAGCGUCCGGCGGCUAGAGAGCAACGAGCGGGAACGCCAGCGAAUGCACAAGCUGAACAACGCCUUCCAGGCGUUGCGCGAGGCCAUCCCCCACGUCAAGACUGACAAGAAGCUGUCCAAGAUCGAGACACUGACCCUGGCAAAGAAUUACAUCAAAUCCUUAACCACCAUCAUCCUGGACAUGUCAGGGGCCUGCCUGCCGGCUGGAGGGGUCCCAUCGGAGGCCAGCGCCGCCAAGCUGCUCCAGUGCUACCAGCAGCACCUGCAGGAGGACGGCGAGGACAAUCUCACCCAGUACCUCACCCACGUGCAUAGCUUCAGCCAGCGCAGCUAACAGCAGCUGCAACAUGGCUUGGAGACCACGAGAGGCACCAGGAGGCCGUCUCCAAGGCGUGGGUAGACUUUUAGGGCCAGAUCUCAAUGAAUAUCCAGUUCCUACAUGCACACAGGUCAGGACUGGUGUCCUGUGUAGGACCCCGGAUGCUAGACCUCACACAAUAAACCCACGCACCUGAGCAACAGGUGGGCUGUCUAGAACCUGCCCUUCAUGCAUUAUGUGGAACGAUUUGGGGACCAUUCACGUCGCAGACACAAAGACUGCAGACUGGACAGUGAAAAGGAGAUGGAUCGUGGUUAUGAAGAGUGAAAUUUGCUGUUGUACUCAGAAAGGAAGGGCCAAUCUUUCGCCAUUCUGUGUCUUAUUUCUCGCCUUCUGUGGUGUGAGAUGGAGCACGGACUUGUUCUCUUUUGUGUUAUCUUGUGAUCUUUUUUGUGUGUUUUCUGUUGAGAAACCUGCUCAUCGUAGCCCGGAGUCAUAACUGUCACAUCCAGAAAAAAAAGGGCGAUCAGCACGUCUAAAUAUUGAAAUGUUGAAGCAAGAAAGUCUGUUUGCUCAUUUGCUCACGAAGACAAUCUACCGCCAAGCUGAGAACACGAUUUACUCGUCCUCUUACAGGUUGCGCGUACGUAGCUGCAAGGCCCAGGCGAUGUUUGAAGUGUGUGUUAUUUAACUUUUUGUGUCUCGAGACCGGACGUUGUCAUAAUGAAGAGGAGAACAGAAACUAUUUGAGGAGUUAUUAUCAAUAAACACAUUUAUUUAUUGACAAGGGCUGUUAUUUUGACCAUGCACAACACUUGUGUACACAAAAAUGUACUCCACGAUGUCAACAGCACUGAUGUGUUAGUCACACAGUAUGAUGUUAUUCACAGAUAAUACAGACAGAUCUCUGUACACAUGCAGCAUUUCCAAAUGCUGCAUCAUAUUUAGACAGUAUAUGAUGAUAUGGGGGACUUUGGGCAGCUGUUAACAUAAAUGAACUGACUGGAUUGACUGGAUGCAAUUCAUCGGUGUGUGCAAUUUAUGAAUAUUUGUUAAUGGAAAACUGCAGUUUGAAUGAAUUGUUCUUUGUCAAAUGUACAAACAUGACCCCACCAUAUUAUAUUACCACUAUGCUUAGUGUAAAAUACUAAUACCCUAAUACCCUAAUAUCUUACAGAUUUCUAACAAAAAUAUAGUGUUCAGCUUUUUUUGUCACUGCUCAGUCAUUCUACCAUGAGUCCAAAGGAAGUUGGCGGCGUGCAAAUGCAAACAUUCUCCUGAGAAAGAGGAAGGUUCAGUUUUAGCAUUUCAACCACAAGACUCUUACAAAAAAUCCACUUUUGCUUUGUUUACAUCGCCAACCAUUGCACAUACUCCAAGACAGUACCAUUAUAAUGACAACAUUUUUCACAAAAUAUCAAGUCCUUAAUAAAAAUGUCGCUCAGCUGUUCGUAUGUGGCGAGCGGCAACCACCACACGAGUGGUGUCUUAAGACGUUAAAAGUCUGAGUUGUACCAUUAAAACUAACUAACCCUUACAGAAAAGUCUCCACUUUGGAGCUUUUGUCUUAAUUUACAGCUUGUAACACUCAGGCUGCUCCUCGCCCAUCCAAACUCAGCUUCACACAGGUUUCACCACAUUACCCUAAAUUGGAUUUGGCUCCAAUUGACAGGAUCAUUGCACUCAGUAAAUUCAAAUUUAGGCUUCAAGAGGUCCUUUCACAAACCUAUGAAAUUUGACACCAACAGAUGCUGCAUAUGUGCUUCUCUACAGUGUGUGGUGUACAUUUUUACAGGAGUGUGUCAGACAGUAGAGGGAGCCAGUGAAGCCUGGAUGAAACAUUUUCUCUAUCCAGUUACCAUUUUCUUCUGUUUCCACAGUAAUCAGGCUUUACUCUAUUGGAACAUGUGCUAACCUGUUGCCUGCAGGUUAAGGUGACGCAUCAUUUCUAUUUGUACGCAAUACGAGCCCUGGAGCUGACAGUUCAGCAGCCAAGCAGCUGUCAUUAAAUACACAAAUUUUUCCUUAAAAAAACAACAAAAAACCUUUGGAAAACAUCCCUUCCACCUCCAGCUUCAAUGUGAUAAUCCAUACACAGAAACAUCACAUCCUGACGAAUAAAUAAGAAAGAAAACUCUUAAGACCAUCAAGUUCAAUGCCAGUGAACAAAAACAAAGAGAAAAAAACAAUGUCAGAAAAAAUGAAACACAGCUCAGCAUUGAAGAUUGUUCUAAGUAUCCAAAAGUGACAACUUUCUGUAACACUCACUGCAGUGAUGUGAAGACUAGAACUAUCUACAAAGGAUGACUAUAAAGGUAAUAUGGUUGAGGAUGGCUCUGUACAGUGUGUGUGCACGUCGCUCAUCCCACAGCAUGGCUGUUGACCUCUGUGUUCCUGACAGGGAGGGGGCUCCGAGGGGCUGGGACAGAUGGGUCUGUUAGAGAGGGAAGACGGACCCGCGGCGGCUCCAUGGAGUUCCCUCUCACUGUGAUGUGGUCCCACCCACCCUAAAAGACAGGAUGAGAGAGAAUGAGGGAGAACUCAGCUCUAGAAACAGCAUGAUCCACUGUCUUGAGGCUUUUUAAGACUUUUCAAGACAUGCAGAUAUCCUGAAAACCUUUGUCUUACCCCAAUGCCGUAGUCCCACGAUUGUCCUUUAGGCUCCAUAGGUUGGACUCCGAGUCGAUGGCACACUGUUCCACAGCUCAAACUGUGGCUGCCCUGCACCUUGUCUGCUAUGAUCCACACCUGCACCCCCACAACAACAGGACAACACAAGUCACCCACCAAACAACAUGCAUGCAUUGU